UAGUAUUAUGUAGGGACAAAAGGCCAAAUCUUUGUUAUUCAAGUCAUCUUCUUCCUCCAGCCAACCCUCCUCUCAAACAAGCUGCGGCAUCACACCUUCAUCGUCUCUUACUGAACUUACCAGCACAAAGGUACGAACCAACAUUUCCCUUUUCCAUGUAUUUUCUCGCCACAAUCUCAAAACAACAAGAGAUGAAAACCUAGCCCUAAUUCUUCGAUAUGUUUCCAUCUCCUUUUGUUCUAUUGUUCGCUCUUCUUCUCUCUUUGCCCCUCGUCUUCCUCUUUGCUCCAAGAAUCCUCCCUCUUUCUACCCAACACCCACAAAUCUCAAUAGCUGACGAGCUCGACGAUCUAGACCUUUUCAGCCGUGCCGCCGCCCCCCGCCGCCAUUCUCACGGUUCAGUUUCGCGACUCGGUCCCACCGAUCAUAAACCCAAAAUCGCUUUCCUCUUCCUCACCAACACCGAUCUCCAUUUCGCGCCUCUCUGGGAGAAAUUCUUCAAGGGAAACAAACGAUUCUACAAUGUGUACGUCCAUGCAUAUCCGUCUGCGGCAGUUUCCUCCCCUGGCGGCGUGUUCCAAGACCGAUUCAUCGCAGCUAAGAAGACGGAGAGGUCAUCGCCCACACUUAUAUCUUCCGCUCGCCGUCUUCUUGCUACCGCUAUCCUUGACGACCCAUUGAAUUCCUACUUCGCCCUAGUAUCCCAGCACUGUAUUCCUCUCCACUCGUUCCGGUUCAUGUACAGAACACUAUUCACCGAGUCGACUCAGUCACAUCCUACCAGCUAUAUCGAGAUCCUAGCUGAGGAACCACAGCUGUGGGACAGGUACACAGCGAGGGGGGAUAAUGUCAUGCUGCCGGAGGUCACCUUCGAGAAUUUUCGGGUCGGGUCUCAAUUCUACAUACUGGCCCGUCGCCAUGCCCUGCUGGUGAUAAAGGACAGGAAAUUGUGGGUGAAAUUCCGGUUACCAUGUCUAAAUGUGGAUUCCUGUUACCCAGAAGAGCACUACUUUCCGACUCUUUUGUCAAUGGCGGAUCCGAAUGGAUGUAGCCAUUACACUCUCACUCGGGUUAACUGGACGGAAAGCACAGAUGGCCACCCGCAUACUUAUUACCCGCCUGAGGUUUCGCCGGGGCUUAUUCGCAAACUUAGGGUAUCAAAUUCAACAUAUUCUUACUUCUUUGCACGGAAGUUCUCGCCGGAUUGCUUGCAACCUUUACUCAAAAUGUCUGAGAAGGUCAUCUUCCGUGAUUGAAGUUAAUCCGGAGGAGGCAGUUGGCACUAAGGAAUUGGAAUUCUUGGAGAAGUCAGUGUCAGAAAUGUAUAUAAAAUGAGAAGUCCUAGGCCCAUUGGGCAAUGAAAUAGAUUGAUUUGUUAUUGACACAAGGGUUCACUGAAAAUUGGUGGGUCUUUUUGUUUUUAUGUUUUAGUCUCUAGUUAGGUAAAAAAAUGCAAAGGUGUGAUGAUGGAGCAAAAUGCAAAGCUUGAGAAAAGUAGGAAUGAGAUUAGGGCCCAAAGGGUUGUUUCUUUCUCUCUCUCUUAAGUCAAUCUUCCAGUAUGUAUGUACUAACUACAUUUUAGUCCCCUGUUUUCUAAAUAAAGUGGGAUCCAUCUAUCA